AUGAGGUCUCCGAACUUCUCUCCAUCGGCGAAGGAGAAGACUCUUCGCAUCCUUAACGAUUUGUUCAGGGUGAAGGUUCGUAUGAAGUUAGCGGCUGGAAUAGCUCAAACGCCUCCACCGGAUCCGCCAGAUCUACCUGAUCUUCCUCGAGUACUAGUCACCAGCAACACUAUCAUGAGUUAG